UUCUACUAUUUUCAUUGGAUAAGGUAAAAUGUUUGCCAACCGGCUAUUGAGUGUUUCAGUUCUUUCGAGAAAUUUGAUCAAGUCAGUUGUGACCAGAAACUACGCAGUAAAUAUCACGAUGGAUAAACACGCUAUUGUUCCCGACGUCAUUCCAUUUGCACCGACUGAAGUGGCCAAAGUCACCUAUGUUAGUGGUGUUUCGGCAAAUGAAGGCAAUGAAUUGACACCAACUCAAGUUAAAGAUCGCCCAAACGUUGAAUGGAAUGCCGAUCCAGAUACGUUUUACACUCUAGCUAUGACAGACCCAGAUGCGCCUUCUCGUCAAGACCCGAAGUUCCGUGAGUGGCACCACUGGUUGAUCACAAAUAUACCAGGCAAAGAUGUAAGCAAAGGUGAAAUAUUAUCGGACUACGUCGGAUCGGGACCACCUGAAGGUACCGGAUUACAUCGUUAUGUAUUUUUGAUCUACAAGCAAAAGGGUAAACUUAGCUUCGAUGAGCCUCGCCUGCCGAACACCAGUGGUGAAAACAGAGGAGGAUUUUCCAUUGCUAAAUUUGCCGAGAAGUACGAAUUGGGCAACCCGGUGGCUGGUAACUUCUAUCAAGCCCAAUGGGACGAUUAUGUACCGAUUUUGUACAAGCAACUCGGCGCAUAAAAUAUGAGACGCAACAAAAAAAAAAAGCAUUUUUCAAAAAAAUUAAAAAAUAUUUCGCACAGAUGUAGUGCUUCUAAAACACAGUCUUUCAAAGAAAUUCAAAAUAAUAAAAACAUGUGCCUCCAAAAUCGGCAAUAAGCAUAUCCUAUUUUUCAGAAUAAAGCAUUUUAAACAUACAA